AUGGAGAAUACAAGGUCAAGAAAUCGUUCAAACUCGAUUAGCAGCGAUACGCAGACAACCGCCGAUAUGCUACAUACGAAGCUUUCUGAAAUGGUUUGGGAAGCAAGCAGUAAACAAAUGAAAGAUACAUUUAAUUCUUACGGUCGUAUCGAUUUAUUUCGACCCUAUUUUGACGUUGAACCACGUCAAGUUCGAAAUCGCUUGAUACAAUCUUUCAUACCUCGAAAGCCUUCACAGAUGAAUGUUUCUAGUGAUAUGUAUGGACCAACAAUGAUUAUUCUUACUUUGGUCGCUUUGCUUCUCUAUUCCAUGAAAUCAUCCGGGUAUAUAGUACAAGAUGGUACUUUGAUCGGUACAGCAAUGGUUACUUGUUUUGGUGCUUGGUUUUUUAUGUCAUUGGUAAUAUAUGCACUGUGCUUGAUGUUUAAUGUGGAUAUAUCUUUUAUCCAUUUUUUCUCAUUAUAUAGUUUGUAUUUGUGUUCACGGACUCACGACAAAUCUCACAAAUUAGCUAUUAUUGUAGCAACCUGUAUAUUACAUCUUAGCUACCUAUGCUAUUUGCAUUAUGGCUUUCACGUUGUCGUUGAAGAAAUUGAUGAAAUUCUUGGCGAUGUGCAACAAAGUUCAGUCAUUUCUAUGCCAUUAUCCGUAGGUGCCGAGCAACAUUUUUAUGAUUCGGUAUACGGUGAAACGGUGGAAAAUUUUCUAACGGUUUGA